CACACUCCUCAUCACACACACACAACUGUGAGAGAGCUAGCUACCAAAACAGAGAAAAUAAAAGAUGCCUUGUUUAGAGAACUCUGUUACGGUAAUCUCAAGAAGCAGAGUUUUCCCAGAUCAAAAGUCAACUCUCGUUGACCUUAAGCUCUCCGUCUCCGAUCUCCCUAUGCUCUCUUGCCACUACAUCCAGAAAGGCUGUCUCUUCACGCGCCCUCACCUUCCCCCGCACGCGCUUCUCGCUCACCUCAAACACUCCCUCUCCCUCACUCUCUCCCACUUCCCUCCUCUCGCCGGCCGCCUCUCCACAUCCUCCUCCGGCCACGUUUUCCUCACCUGCAAUGAUGCCGGCGCCGAUUUCGUCUUCGCCGAAGCUAAGUCCGUCUGUGUUAGCGACGUUCUCGCCGGAAUCGACGUCCCAGAUGUUGUCAAAGAGUUUUUCGCCUACGACAGAGCCGUCAGCUACGACGGACAUAACAGACCAAUCCUCGCCGUCCAAGUGACGGAGCUGAUCGACGGCGUUUUCAUCGGGUGCUCCGUUAACCACGCCGUCACCGACGGAACUUCUCUGUGGAAUUUCAUCAACACCUUCGCGGAGGUAUCCAGAGGAGCUGAGAAUGUGACACGUCAGCCUGAUUUUACGCGGGAGUCCGUGCUAAUCUCGCCGGCUGUGCUCAAAGUCCCUCAAGGUGGUCCGAAGGUGACGUUCGACGAGACGGCGCCUUUACGCGAGCGGAUUUUUAGUUUCAGUAAAGAAUCGAUUCAGGAGCUUAAAGCUGUGGUGAACAAGAAGAAAUGGUUGACGCUUGAUAACGGCGAAGUAGACGGCGUCGAGUUGUUAGGGAAGCAAAGCAACGAUAAACUUAACGGAAAAGAAAACGGUAAAUUAACGGAAAUGCUGGAGAGUUUGUUCGGUAGAAACGACGCCGUUUCGAAAACCGUUGCUGCGGUUGAGAUCUCGUCGUUUCAGUCUCUUUGCGCUUUGCUGUGGCGUGCGAUCACUCGUGCGAGGAAGCUUCCGGGUUCGAAAACGACUACGUUUCGUAUGGCUGUGAACUGCCGCCACCGUUUGAGCCCUAAGCUGAAUCCCGAGUAUUUCGGAAACGCGAUUCAGAGCGUUCCGACGUUUGCGACGGCGGGAGAGGUUUUGUCUCGUGAUCUUAAAUGGUGCGCCGAUCAGCUUAACCAGAGCGUGGCGGCUCAUCAAGACGGGAGGAUUCGAAGCGUCGUUGCGGAUUGGGAAGCGAAUCCUAGGUGUUUUCCUCUCGGGAAUCCCGACGGAGCUUCGGUCACGAUGGGGAGCUCGCCGAGGUUUCCAAUGUACGAUAACGAUUUCGGGUGGGGAAGACCGGUGGCGGUUAGAAGCGGACGCUCGAAUAAGUUCGACGGGAAGAUCUCGGCGUUCCCGGGGAGGGAAGGAAACGGGACUGUUGAUUUGGAGGUGGUUUUAUCGCCGGAGACUAUGACUGGGAUUGAAUCUGACGCCGAGUUUAUGCGAUACGUGACUAUAAAUUAACGGAGUUUAUCAAAUAAUAACGUUAACGGUUUCUCUCUGUUUUUUUCUUUUCUUAAAAACUUAACGAUGUAAUAUUAUUGUGACUUUGUAAGUUGACCCCCUAAAAAGAAAAAAAUGUUUACGUUUGCUA